AUGUCCUUAUCUAGGUCGUCUUUGGAGCACUUGCUGCACGCUUACAUUGUCCCCAACCUGGCGACGCCGGGGUCAAAGCCUAACCUUAUCGAUUUCGGCGUAACAAUAUGGAUUGCGCUGGUGCUCUUGGCUGUUCGACUGGCUUAUGAACGUGCCGUCAUCCCCGGAUUUAAACGAUAUCUCGAGCGGGUCAAAGGGCCAGGUGGAGGGAAGCCGGCAUUUCAGGUGCUGGACAACAUUUGGAUUGCAACUUUUGCGGGAAGCCUGGCGGGUUUUGCUUGGUGGGUAACGGUCACAGACAACGGUGGCUGCACGCCUUGGUCCACAACCGCCUGUUUUGCGGGCUGGCCAGAUCACCCCGUUGCGCUCGGUCAGCGAUGGUACAUGGUCCUCGCAUUUGCAUACUACCUAUACGAGCUCUUCGGUACCGUUCUGGGUGUGGGCACCAAGCUCAAGGCGGACAUGGUGGCGCAUCAUGUGGCCACCAUGGCGCUCAUCAUGAUUGCGUACCACGUCAACCUGAAGCGCAUGUCCGUGAUGUGGCAGGCCCUAUUCGACAUCUCAAACCCCAUUUUGCACAUCGCCAAGGGCCUUCACGCCGCUUCCAUCCGGCAGCUGGGGGGUCUGAAGUGGCUGCUGUUCAACCUGUUUGCCGUCACUUUCCUGGUGUGCCGAGUCAUCAUGGGUCCCAUCGCCAUUUUGUGGCCAUCCUUCACGAUUGCAAAGGAGGUGCUGCCAGCCAGCUACUGCUACACGUGCUGGGGCCUCGAGGUCUUCGUUUACCUGCUGCAACUGAUAUGGUUCGCUAAGAUUGUGGAGAUCGCGGUCAAGGGAGACAAGUCCGUGAAGGCGGACUAA